AUGGAUGUCGUGCUGGGUCAGGUGGAAGAUUUCAUUCCAGCUUGGGUGGACGUCGACGUAGUGUACAGCCUACUUCUUAUCAGGGAUCACUGGGUUCUGGUUGCGAUAGAUAUGACCCAGUCCGAGAUUUUUGUGUACGACUCAUUGCCAGGUCACAUUUCCACAUCGAAGUUGAUGAUAGACCUGCGGCCAUUGAGUCAUACAAUCCCAUCGCUUUUGUACGCAUGUGGGCUAAUGGAUACAGCCGAUUGCAAGCUGAGGAAGACUCCGUGGCAUGUAUACCGUCCUACGACCGACACGAGACAGAAAGGCGGAUCGGAACUGCACGUGGGGAAGAUAUUCGUUUCAAAGCAAGACUUGUGUAUGGUGAUGUCAAAUGCAGCAAUGCGAUCUAACCGUGAAUACAAGGUCAGUAGGUCAACGAAAUCAAAGUUCGUUGUUCGCUGCAUCAACAAUACAUGCAAUUUGAGGGUUGCAACCCACUCCGUUGGUAAAUCUUCGAUAUUUUGUAUAUCAAAGUAUGUAGAUGCACACACCUGCAUGAUUGACACUGUGAACCACGACCACAAACAGGCGAGCAGCUCGAUCGUAGCGAAUCUUAUUAAGGAUAGAGUUGCUGGAAUCGGUCGUAUUUACAUGAUAAAGCAUAUUAAGGAGGAUGUCCGUAAAGAGUUCGGGGUGAACAAAAGUUAUGACAAGGCACAUCGAGCACGAGAGUUAGCAUACGCUAUUGUUAGAGGCCGACCGGAGGACUCCUACAUGCAUCUCCAUGUGUACGGUGAAGCGAUAAAAAUAGAGUAUCCAGGUGCUAUUUUCCACAUCGAGACUAAAGGUUCGCUUAACUUCAAAUACCCGUUCAUGGCAUUGGGUGCCAGCAUUAGAGGGUUUCAGUCAAUCACAAGGUGUGUAAUUAUGGUUGAUGGCACACAUUUGAAGGGGAAGUUCAGAGGAGUGCUGCUAAUAGGUGUCGCCAUGGAUGAGAAUAAUCAAAUAUAUCCAUUUGCAUUCGCGAUUGUAGACAACGAAAGCGAUGCAUCGUGGAAGUGGUUUAUGAAGAACUUGAAGGACAUGAUCGGAGACCCACAAAAACUUGUAUUCAUAUAUGAUCGACAUGAUGCAGCGUAUGCGUAUCGGAAGUCACAGUUCACGUACUACUGGAACCAGAUACUAUCGGUUGGAUCUGGUUCACUUGCCAAAUACUUACAAGAAAUUGGGGUAGAACGCUGGGCCCGAUGCUACCAAGUUGGUAGAAGAUAUGAAAAUAUGACGACAAACAGCACUAAGUCGGAAAGAAGGACUCACUGGUCCACCCAAAACACCUCUCAUUCAGACUAUGCAGAUGAGCGACUUGCACUACAGUUUGAGAAGUCCCGUCGCUACACAGUCAAACCAGUCGACUGGUGCAUGUUUCAUGUUGAGGACGCUGGCUUGGACGGGACGGUUGAUUUGAAUGCCCAUACAUGUACAUGCAUGGAGUUCCAGUACAUGGGCAUUCCCUGUUCACAUGCAAUUGCAGCAGCGGGCACAAGAAUAUAA